AUGCACAUUGUAGAUGGCGUGUCCCCGGAGGACGAACCUUCCGGACUUCUGUACGGAGGUUCACCUUCUGGUGCCCCAAACGACCUUUCUGAACAACCAGACUCGUGCGGCAACAGCGUCGUGGCAGAGCCCAUUGCAAUCAUAGGCAUUGGUUGUCGAUUACCGGGAGGCGUCAAUUCUGCUAGCAAGCUGUGGGACUUUCUUCGUGAUGGCAAGUCAGGCCAAUGUAAAGUCCCGCCGGACCGCUUCAAUGUCGAUGCCUUUUAUCACCCCAAAGGAUUGGGCCGACCAGGAAGCAUGCACACCGUGGGCGGAUACUUUUUGCAAGAAGAUCCUCGGGAUUUUGAACCUGAAUUCUUCGGAAUUAACCCUUUGGAGGCCACCCAGAUGGAUCCUCAGCAGCGCAAAUUACUCGAGGUGGUCUUUGAGGCCUUCGAGAGUGCUGGCGCCACUCUCGAAGAUGUUUCCGGAGCCAACAUCGGUUGCUACGUUGGCAACUUCACGUAUGAUUUCCAGGUCAUGCAGAGUCGAGACGCAGAGUAUCUGCACCGUUAUAGUGCGACCGGUAUGGGUGCAACGAUUCUCGGUAAUCGGAUCAGUCAUACCUUCAACCUGAAAGGCCCAAGUCUUGUCUUGGAUACCGCCUGUUCCUCCUCCCUCUACAGUCUGCACGUCGCCUGCUGCGCUUUGGCUCUUCGCGAAUGCGAUGGCGCCGUGGUUGCCGGCACCAACUUGAUUCAAUCCCCAGAUCAACAUCUCAGUAUCAUGAAAGCUGGUGUCCUUUCUGGUACCUCAACCUGUCACACAUUUUCCACCGCGGCCGAUGGAUAUGGUCGUGCAGAUGGGGUUGGAUGUCUUUUUAUCAAACGCCUUGCGGACGCCAUCCGAGAUAACGAUCCCAUUCGCGGAGUGAUUAGGGGCACAGCAGUGAAUUCGAAUGGAAAAACUCCCGGCAUCACCCUUCCAUCUUCCAACGAGCAAGAAGCUGUGAUCCGCAAAGCCUAUGCUAGAGCCGGCCUCCGAUUUGAUGACACCAUAUAUGUGGAAUGCCACGGAACCGGUACCCCCGUGGGUGACCCCAUUGAAGUCGAAGGUAUCUCUCGGGUCUUCAGCCAAUCCCCGAAAUGUCAGCGAGACGGGCAACCUCUCUUGAUAGGGUCAGUGAAAACCAAUUUUGGCCAUAGUGAGGCUGCCAGUGGACUUACAAGUGUCAUGAAAACCGUUCUUGCGAUGGAACAAGGAGCCAUCCCUGGUACCAUUGGAGUGAAAUCAGUGAACCCUAAAAUCAAAACAGGCGAGUGGCGUAUCAGCAUUGUCAAAGAACUGACCCCCUGGCCGUCGUCUGCAUUGGUCCGAAGAGCAGGGAUUAACUCGUUCGGAUAUGGAGGAGCUAAUGCCCACGCGAUCAUCGAAUCAGCCGACGUGCACCUCACUGCAAUCAAUGGAUCGCGGGACAAGUGGGACGGGUAUCACCCCCAGGCUUAUCUAAUACCGGUAUCUGCAAGCCGUCAAGCUUCACUGGAACGCAGAGUCAAAGAACUUCGACGACAUAUCUCUCAAAAUCCUGUGGAGAUCGGAGAUCUCGUUUACACACUCAGCCAAAGGCGCUCCCACCUAUCCAAUCGAGGAUUCUUCUUGGCCCGCGCACAAACCCUAACGGAGGUUAUCAAGAUCGAAAAUCUACAAACUCUUCCUUCUGGAGCGACGACAGCUGCGGCCGACCGCAAAUAUGCAUUUGUUUUCACGGGUCAAGGCGCCCAAUGGCCAGAAAUGGGAAAAGGCCUUUACAACCAGUACCCCAUCUUCGCAAACACUAUCAUGGAAAUGGAUGAUGUCCUCCGCAACUUGCCUGACCAUGCUCCUCAGUGGACCUUGAAGGACACCAUGUUCGAGCCGUCAAAGACCAGUGAAAUCCAUGACGCAGCCAGAUCCCAGCCAAUCUGCACUGCGCUGCAAGUGGCUCUCGUUGUUCUGCUAAACUCCUGGGACAUCGUUCCAUCUGCGGUGGUGGGCCAUUCAUCCGGAGAGAUUGCAGCUGCAUUUGCCGCUGGCCGCAUAUCUGCUGCUGAGGCAAUAAUUGCCGCUUAUUUCCGCGGUUACGCGGUUGGCCAGCUUCCGGCGAACGGCGGAAUGAUGGCUGUUGGUCUCCGUCAUGAGGCUGCCGUGGAGGAGAUUGCUGUCGGAUCACUCCAGGGUCGUAUUCGUGUGGCAUGUGUGAACUCUCCAGAGAGCGUCACGUUGUCAGGAGAUCUUGACGCCGUGGAAAGCCUAGUCCAAUCGCUGAGCGCUAGAAAGCUCUUUGCCCGGAAACUGAAUACAGGCGGCAAGGCCUAUCACUCCCACCAUAUGAUAGCCAUCGGCGAUCUCUAUGAGAAUCUUCUGAGUAAGAGUCUGAGGAUGUUAAGCGGUAAGACCACGAAGCUCAAGUUGGACACUCCUGUCCGUUGGGUAUCUUCGGUAACGGGAGAAGAAUACAGUGAUGUUCCAGCAGGGCAGUAUUGGAGAGCGAACCUUGAGAAUCCUGUUUUAUUUUCUGAUGCUGUCGAAGGGAUCCUCAAGUUCAACGAGAAGUAUGAAUUUAUCGAAAUUGGCCCCCAUUCCGCGUUGGAAAUGCCCAUUAAGCAGAUUCAGCAAAAGGUCAAUGAUCAGUCCCCAUACUCUUCAGCUAUGAUCCGGUUCAAGAACAACGUCGACUCAAUCCUCAGCGUGGUUGGCCAACUCUAUCUUCGCCAUCAUCGAAUCAACUGGGCAAAGGUCAACCAUCUCCAAAUUGGUUCCACAGACCAACGACGAUUCCAGGUCGUGCACAGCCUCCCACCUUAUCCAUGGACCUACGAAGACCGAUUGUGGCACGAAUCUCGACUCAGUUCUGAGUUCCGUCACCGCAAGUUUCUUCGCCAUGAAUUGCUGGGAUCACAAGUUCCUGGAGGCAACGGGCUUGAGAUGUCAUGGCGAAACAUUCUGAAGCUGGCCGAUGUUCAAUGGCUCGAAAGCCACAAACUUCAGGAGACUAUUGUCUUUCCUGGAGCGGCAUAUAUCACCAUGGCCGUGGAAGCAAUGAGGCAAAUUGCAGUUGGAAAAUCUCUCCCAGUUUCUAUUCAAAACAUCGCUUACAAGUUACGCAAUGUCAAAAUUCUAUCAGCCUUGCCGAUAUCCGCUCAGCCAACAGCGGAGGUGGAAUUGUUCACAUCCCUCCGACCAAGUCCUAUCACGUCAGCAUCCGUCUCAAAACAAUGGUGGGAUUUCAAUAUUGUCUCCCAUGAGGCCAGCGUAUCCACUACUCGAGCCACAGGAACAAUAUCCUUCUCGCCUGCUUCCGAUUCGGUUGAGCCACAGUGUACGAUCUCGCUGCCGGACCUGGAGCCAUCCGAACCACGGGUGUGGUAUAAGAGUCUUGUUCGUGUAGGCUUGAACUUUGGACCCGAUUUUCAAUCAAUUGAAAGUUUUGAAACCCCAAGCACAAGAAAUAGGCGUAUCUGCCGUGCGAAGGCACCUUUCAUUCAGGACUACAAAGACGAAUACCAUCAAUACAUUAUCCAUCCUAUCACGCUUGACGCGAUGCUACAGACCAGUAUUGUUGCGAGCUGCUCUGGAGAAGCUCGAACGCUUCACGCCAAAGUGCCUGUCAGUGUUGGUGAGAUACUCAUACAAACACCUAACACCACGUUGACAGGUGAUUCGUCUUGUCAUAUUGAAUCGGAGGUUCGUGUGGUAGGUUUCGGAACCGCGGAGGGCAAAGCAGAGCUAAUCACGGAGACUGGACGGCUUGUGGCCCAGCUCCAUGAUCUCAAAAUGGUUCCUUACAAUGGAGUUAGUCAAUUAGGCCAAGAUGAUACCGCCCGGCAUCCCAUGUUGAGAGUGCUUUGGAAACCUGACAUUCACCGCCUACCACUCGUCUCCCCUGAAUCUUUGUCUACUGUUUUCGAGGAGUUUGCGACAUCUAUUGGGGAAAGUUUGGACAUUACAAACGAGGGUCUGGUCAAGGUGAAAGCCUGCCUGGAUUGGAUAUCUCAUAAACAUCCCGGACUCAGAGUCAUGGAGCUUGGAAAUCGGAAUUACCUCACCACCAACCAUGUCAUCGAUUUCCUCGACGGAAGCUCCGCAUUUCCACGACUACAAUCCUACGUCUGUGGCCAUAUUUCUGACGACGGAAACGUUUAUGGGUCUCAAAUUGAUAUCGCCAAAGGCCUCGAUGGCCCGUUCAAUAACGACGACCACGCUCGCAUUUCUGCUGAGGAGCAGUUCGAUGUUGUGCUGAUAAUGGCAACAGAAACCGAAUCUUACCUGAAAAUAAGGAAUGCGGAAAUUAAACAAUACAUAUCGGAAGGUGGAAUUCUACUGGGGCUUUUGCAUACCAAGGAGACUCCCCCGAAUCUCGAACCUGAUUUCAACGUCGUCAAGGUCGACCUCAGUCUUGGGAACGGCCAGUUGAUACUAGCGUGUCGGACUCGGAACAGUGAGACCAAGGAGAUUCUUAGAGACGCAUCCUCAAUCCUCAUUGUUGACCGUGGUGAGAACGUUUUGGGCAGUGCAAUCGUGAAUGAGCUGUCCCAGUGGGUCGAAAAAGAAGUUACAAGGAUCUCCUUGGAUGCAGUGAGCAAGAGUCAUGUGCCACCUGGCUCCUUGGUUAUCUCCUUAUUGGAAUACGAGGAGCCUUUGCUGGCUCGAUCAUCUGGCGAUGAUAUGGAGAAAAUCAAGAUUAUUACCGACAAUGCUGCCAGAUUGAUAUGGGUAACGUCGGGUGAUCUAAUCCAGGGAUCACGCCCUGAAUUUGGGCUGGUUUUGGGGCUGUCCCGCGCCGUCAUGACAGAGCAACCAUCUUUGAAGUGGCUCACCUUUGACAUCGAUGAUGUCGCGGCAAGCCCCCAGCAAACAACACAGAACAUCCUCUCAGCCCUCUCCUCGACGACAUCCGGCGCCCAAGAUGACUAUGAGUUUGUGCAAAAAGAUGGCGUUAUAUAUGUGAGCCGUUUUGCUCCUGACGACAAUCUCAACAAGAUCUUUCGACAAGCACAAGGCAACGAGCAUCUCGACAUCUCAGUGAAAGAGGCGAAGCCCGUACAGCUCGAUAUCAAAGAGACGGGCAAUUUUGACACCAUCUACUUCAAACAAGUAAUGGUACCAGCGAUUCUCGACCCCAUGGAUGUACAGAUCUCUCUGAGAACGGUGAGUCUGAAUGCAAAGGAUUACUAUGUCUUGGGUGGCAAAACAGAGACAAAAGACGCAACAUGUACACUGGAAUCAUGCGGAGUGGUUGAUAGAGUGGGCUCGGGAGUCAGCGACUUGUCGCCUGGGGACCGAGUCGUCGUGAUGGCUCCUGGGUUCUUCCGGACGUCAGAGAUUUUUCCAUCUUGGGCUUGUCAGAAGCUCCAAGACGACGAGUCUUUCGACGCAAUGUGCACUCUUCCUCUGGUCUAUGCUACGGCCUUGUACGGUCUUCGUGACCGGGCAAACCUCCAGGCCGGAGAAAGUGUGUUGAUUCAUUCAGCCGCUGGAGGACUCGGCAUAGCAGCAAUCAAUGUUGCCCGACUUUUGGGUGCUAAAGAGAUCUUUGCUACUGUGUCGAGUGAAGAGAAACGAGACUACUUGGUCAAGACUUUUAGGCUCAAGACGGAGAAUAUUUUCAGCUCACGAGACACAUCAUUCCUCCAAGGGAUCAUGAAGGCCACCAACGGAGAAGGUGUGAAUGUUGUUCUCAAUUCAUUGGUGGGGGAUCUCCUUCAUGCUAGCUGGAAAUGCUGUUCCUCCUUCGGACGCCUCAUCGAAGUCGGGAAGCGAGACUUGGUGGAUUGCGGCAAGCUAGAGAUGGAGGAGUUCCUAAGGAAUGUCACUUUCACCGCCUUCGACGUCACCCAGCUAUACUACCACCCCAGUCCCGCAUACAAUCGGAAAUGGGCACAGCUUCUCAAGGAUGUGCUCCAUCUCUUCCGAACUGGUCAAAUCGGCGAAAUUGGACGUGUCAAGAUCUUCGACGUCAGCGAAAUCACCAACGCCUUCCGAUAUUUCUCGGCCCAGAACCGAAUAGGUAAGGUAGUUAUCAGCUUGGAGAAUCCGGAAGCUCGUGUCCGAGUACGGCCCCUGAGAUAUCGGACCACAUUCAACCCAAGUAAGAGCUACAUCAUGGUUGGGUGUUUGGGUGGCUUGGGAAGAUCCAUCAGCAGAUGGAUGGUAUCUCGUGGUGCACGAAAAUUUGUGUUCCUCGGACGGUCAGGAAAUGAUAGACCUUCCGCUCAACGCCUCAUCUCAGAUCUGGAACGUCAAGGUGCAAAGUGCACCGUCAUCCGAGGAGACGUAAGUAUCAAAGCGGAUGUUGAUGCUGUGGUCGCGGCCGUAGAUGGCAAGAUCGGAGGUGUUAUCCAAGCAGCCAUGGGUCUUCAUGAGGCUCUUUGGACGGCCAUGUCGAACGAAGACUGGCACACUUCUAUCGACCCCAAGCUAACCGGAACCUGGAACCUUCACCAUGCCAUUCAAGGCAAGGAUGAUGAGCUGGAAUUCUUUUUCAUGACAAGUUCGAUCUCGGGCAGUGUUGGCACUGCUACGGAAGCCAAUUACUGUGCCGCGAACUACUUCCUCGACGUUUUUGCCCGCUACCGCCGGUCUCGAGGGUUGCCGGCGAACGCAGUUGGUCUCGGCAUGAUUUCUGAGGUUGGCUAUCUCCACGAGAACCCAGACAUCGAAGCCCUCCUUCUACGAAAGGGUAUCCAAGCCAUUAACGAGGACGAGCUCAUCCAAAUCAUCGACAUUGCCUUGUCUGACGGCCAAGGCAACCAGCAAAUCUCUUCUUGCCGGUUCGACACCGGUGCUCAAGCACAUAUUUUGACGGGUCUCGAACCAUUCGGCCUCAAAGAACUGCGCAAACAAGGAUGGGAGGGCAUAUACCCGACACUGCAUGACCCACGCGCCGUCUUGAUCAACCGGGUCCUGGAGGGCGAGAACACCGUCUCCUUCAAAGGCCACAGCAGUCGUCUGCAGGCUGACGUGCUCCAAGCCCUCCAAGAUGGCGACUCACCCUUCCAGGUCAUCCUCGCCCAUAUCGCCCAACGAUUUAGCAAUCUUGUAUUACUGCCACUGGAGAAGGUCGAUGUCAACAAACAGUUGUCCAGCUACGGCAUGGACAGCAUGAUUGCCGCCGAAUUCCGCUCCUGGUUCUACCAAGCUUUCCAAGUGGAUGUCCCUUUCUUGGAUCUCAUGGGUCCGACAGCAUCAAUCCAGACGUUGUCGCAGACAGUUUUUGCAGAAAUCGAGCAGGAGCUUUCGUGA